AUGACAGAGCUGAGUGGAUGUUCGUGGCCCCAGAUUUUGGCAGAUGCUGAGUCCCAGUUGAGCUCAUGGUGGAGCACUCUGAGGGCGGUUCUCCCCAGGAGAAACCUCUGGAGUGCAGUUGCUGUCGCUGGAGUGUGGUCCAUGUGUCAGCUGGAGACACAACAAUAUCUUUCUGUCAGUGGUCUUCUAUAUCUCUGCUUGGUGUGGAUGCUGCUGGCUGCAGGCACCUAUGCCCUACAAAAACAUGUGCAAAAUGUGCAAGUAAAGGAAGAACAUACUCAACAAAUACAAAAGGAAGUGCGCCAUGUCUCUUUAAGUCCUGGAUCAUGGAGCAGACCGGGGCCUCUUGCUGUGGUUCUAGCUGACAGUCUGCUCCUGUGUGUGCUGCAGGAGCCGCUCGAGGGGCCCUCUGUGGCCCAUAUUCAGGCUCUGCUCAGCAGUCUGCAGUCAGUUUCUCAGAUGCUUGAAGAGGCCGACACUCCCCCGGAAGAAACUGUACAGAUUGUUGAUGAUUGUCUCAUGGAGAAAGUGAGGUGCAUCUACAGUUACCUUCAGCAGCGGGUGCUGUCGCUCAGUGAGCUGGUGGAGGCUCAGUCUGCUCUGGAGGUCAGUGUGGGUGACCUGCAGCAGGGUCUGAGCACUCUGUGGGCUCAGCUGGAGGUCAUGCACACCGGCGUCACACUCUCCAAGAAGAAGGAGCAGGAAUGCAGAGAGCUGCCGUCCGCCCAGGCAGAGGUCAAGAUUAUGCUGACGGAGGUGGAUGAAUACAGGAAAAGGCUGCAGCGCUGCCAGUCUCAUCUAAAAGACACCAUUCGAGUGUUGCAGGAGCUGACAUGGAGCCACACCAACGUGAGCCAGAGAGUGAAUAGAGGCAUUGAGUCCGUGUGGCCGGAGAAGCUGCUGCAGGCAAACAUUGAACAGUUUGACAGACUGCAGGAGAACUUCUUGUCCGUGGAGCAGCAGACCCUGACCUUCCAGGCUCAUCUGGAGGGUCUGGGCAGAGACAGUGAGGGGAGUGAGGCGUCUCUGUCCACCGCGUCUCUGCCGGACUGUCAGCAGCAGAGUGACACCUCGUCUUUGUCCGUGUGCUCCGCUGAGGUGGACCAGGAGGAGGACACGGGCCAGUCUCUGUGUGAACGCUCAGCUCUGCCCUUCACCACCACCAUCGGACGCCUGCGAAUGUCACGGAGGAGGAAGUAG